UGCUGAGGGGAACGAGCCAGGCUCAUCUCAGGGAACCGUGGCCAGGGACUAGUUUACAUGUAGCCAAAGCGCACCCCCCUCCUGGGAAACUUGAGCUCGUCUGGCUGGGAAGACUAUACUGAAUGUCUGGGAGAGAGCACAUUCCAAACAUGACUGAAAUCAACAUUGAUCAGUCUAAGCUACCGGGAGUCAAGGAAGUUUGCAGAGAUUUUGCAGUGCUGGAGGAUCAUACUCUUGCCCACAACCUGCAGGAACAGGAGAUCGAGCAUCACUUGGCAACGAAUAUACAGAGGAAUCGUUUGGUAAAGAAUGAUUUACAAGUGGCCAAGCAACUCCAAGAAGAAGAAGAACUCAGAGCACAAGCCCGGAAGAAAAAUCAUCACAAUGAAUUGGAAGUUUUAGAUUCUGAAAUAGCUCAGGAAAUUCAAGAUAGAUUGGUAAUUGAAGCAAAACUCAGGCGUCAGCAAGAGGAGAAGGAUGAGGACAUUGCUCGACUAUUACAAGAGAAAGAGGAAAGGAGAAGAAAGAAGCAUUACCCACCUACCCAAGAGGAACCUUAUUACAAAGACAGAGAAGGGUUUCGACCAAAGGGGGUACAAGAUGCACCUAUAUCUAAACACACAACAGGGUUAAGAAAUCAAGAGGAACACGAUGCGCACCUUGCCCGGAGGCUUCAGGAAAAAGAAUUCAGGGCAAACGUUAUGGAUAAACGAGCAGCGCAGAUGGCUCAGGAUGAGGAAAUUGCCCGCUAUCUUAUGGACAAAGAAGAAAAAGCUUAUAAGAAGUCAAAAGGACGUGAAAAAAUGACAGAUGCUAAGCGACUAGAAGAAUUGGAGGCACCUGAUCAUGUUAGGCAAAGGACAAGAGAAGGUCAGGACCAUCAUCACCGUUCCAGAAGUGAUAAACCAUACAGGCCCCUUCCUCCACCUCCAGAUACUGCUGACGAUGAUGAUUACGAUGAUGAUUAUACCAAC